ACAUGUUAUGCCAGCCAAUCUCUAGGGGACACGAAUCAGGACCACUUUCGUUAUAUAAAGUUCGAUCUCUUUCUCUUUUACUUCAUAGUUAAUACUUUGUUUAUUGAAUCAUGCUGACAUUGUCAUUUUGACUUAUUCAAACUUAUUAUUUAUACAGAACAUUCUAUUCAAACAUGGUUAGCCAUUUCGGGGAAGUUGUAUUUCCAUCAUCGCGAGCGUUUUGGGAUGACAAAGACGAAUACGAACCAGUUGAAGAUGUAACCAGUUCGAGAUUGUUUCUUCACUGGCAAAAAAAUAAACCAGAACUUAUAAAAAAGUUUAUUGUAAUCGAAGGAGAUCCAUUAAUACGUAAUAUAUUCUUAACUUUUGUGGAACACUGUUUAUGUCACAAUGUUGAAGAAGCAUGUAUCAUAAAGGAUGAAAAUGACAAGAAAGUUUCUAUAAUUUAUGAAAUAGACAAACAGCUGUAUGUAUGCACAAUUUUACAACAAUUUAAUAUAAAAGAUGCAGGAAUACUUAUAAAUGAGAUAUCCAACUUACUACUAAACACAGAAAGCAUAAUUGCGAUAGUGUGCCGUCAUAUAUCACAGUUUCAGAGUUCAAAUGUUCCAGAUGAUCCAUCGUUCUUAAGGAUAUUGACCACUAAAAAUAUAAAUUCUGAAUGUAAAAUUAAGACAUUGGAACAACCAAACAUUAUAUUUGGAGUUGGCGCAGGAGUUUUAUCUUACGCUGAGUUCAUAAACAUGUCAGCUAAAUUAUAUAUAUUGUACAUUGAUGGUUUUGUAUUAGAUUCAAAGUGUGCAGAACCAAUUGUGAAGAUUCUAAACAGUGAAAUACCUGGCAAAUUACAACGCUUCAAAUUUGCAGAGAACUUUUUUAGUAAAGGAAAUCUUUACAUGUGAUAUGUCAUUUUAUUUUCCUAUGAAAAUAAUUUCUGAAUUAACCAGACGUAAACCGAAUCGAGUUAUAAUUCUUUUUGUUCUGAUAAAUAUAUUGGUGAUAUUUGCUAGAAAAGAAAGAGAGAAUGGUUGUUAUAAUAGUAGAAAAAAGCAAGAUUUGCUAACAACCAUUGCUAACAACAGCAAAUAUAAAAGUACGACGUAUGUCUGUACAAAAUUUACACUAAUAGGAUUUUUAAUAUUUUAAUAAGUUUAUCUUUACUUAAGAUAACAAUGUCCAUGUAAAUACAGUUUAUAUCGUACGCACAACACAUUGCCUUCCGUUAUGGUUGCGGCGGGUAAUAAUUGCGUGGUGGCGCGGCAGAUGGUGGAAUUGGAUUAUUUGCUGAAAAAUACGGUGUGUUUGUUGGAUAAGAAUACGGCUGAAAUGGCGGCUGGUUCGUAGUCGGUACCGACGAUGGUGUGGGACGAAUAGCAGCGGAAGAUCCAAUAUGGUGCAUCGUCGGUACGAUAUGGUUCAUUGUGUUGACAGGAGGUGGUGGAACCGAAACGUUCGCAGGCGGGAACGCUGCCGGAUAAUUUGUAUUGUUAGAUGCCGCGAAAUUUGCCGGGUAGGUGGGAAAAUGCGUCGCUGGGACGUCCAUUGGUUUUAUUGUAUCUGUAAUAUCUGCUGGUGGGCAGCCAUUUGCAGAAACCACUGGUGUUUCGAUCUUGGAAGAUUUUCCAGGAGUCACUGUAAGAUUAUACAUAAAAAUUUUAAUGUACUUACGCAUCGUAUAUAUUAAUUCAGCUUCUUAAUAAUCCACUUUUUUUAUUUCACAUCACAGAAAUCAUUUUUGUGCUUAUACCAAUUUUAUCAAUUUAAUAAAUAUGCUUGUAUCAAUUUAAUAAAUAUUUAUGAAGUCCAGAAA